UCACAACUGGAUAUUUCUGUAAAUGACAAACGAGUAAAAUUUGUGAAUUUUGGAUAUGACGACUGUAAAGACCAAGAUGUUGCAUCCAAGUCUUUGAAUCUUCAGGUUUUUACAAGUAAAGCAGGAGGACUGUGUGUGUGUUGGAGUCUCGCUUUGGAUAUUCCUGGGGAAAUAACAUACUCCGUGUAUUUUUUACAUAAAGGGUUUAGCAAAACUUUUACAGUUUCUUUAGAAAGACCAGAAACUCCUCAAUUGAAGGAAGUGGCCUUUUUGAAUCUUGACUAUUAUGUGGCUGCUUAUUUGCCUGGACACUUCCUGCACCUUCUGAAUAUUCAGCAUCCUGACCUGCUGUGCUAUAGUUUAUUUCUGACAGGUGAGGAUGCAAGAAUUGACAUGUUGCCAAACUGCUCCAUCCAGUCCCCACUCGUGUCAACAGUUUUGGAUUGCUGCAUAGGAAGAAUGUAUGCAGUGAGCAUCAGUGACAGUGCCUUACUGAAGUUCCUGCAGAACAGCAAACGAGACAGUGAGAGGUUGGCAGCUCUGCAUUGUGCUCUUCUGUGUGUCAGAAGUACAACAGACUUGGAAAUGAAGAUUAUUUGGUGGCUUUCUGAGAACCUAUCAACGUGUCAUUCUUUUGAUCCUAUUCAGGAAUUUAUCAUUGCCUCCCUGUAUUGCAGAAUGUGUCCAGAAACCAACAACCUGGAUAAACUCUUGCCCUACACAUCACUGCUUGACUGGACUGGGGUUAUCCCUGGAGUAGCAUGUGCAACAGACAUUAUUUCUCUACCUGUGUUAGAGAUCCAAAACUCUAAAGGCUUCUGGGAGAAACUCGACUCAAACUUGGAGAGUGUGAAGUAUGCAGAGCCACACUUGCAUUACCACAAUAAUGUGCUCAGGAGGGAAUGGCGUAAUCUCUCGGAAGAGCCAGAAGAGAGAAAAGCCACAGCAUAUUUAAGGAAUAUAUUUGAAAACGCCAAAAAGGUGCUUUCUCAUCUGGAUGCUUGGGACUCUGGUAAGUAAAACUUUCGUUGAUGUAGGCCUUAGCUCUAGUGUUUGUUAGGAUAUUUCCAUCUAGCUGUUGUCAGCUAAAAGUAAAUACUGUGUGUUGCCAGAGUUUGAGGCAUUAGUAUAAGCAGCUCUUAAAUAAACUCUACUAUAAAGCUUUCCUCUAAGGCUGUAUGCUGGCUAGAACACCUUUCAAAAUAAGGUUCUUCCUUCCUAGUGGAUCUAGCUUAAUACAAGCAGUAAGCCCUUGUUUGCCUAAGAAUUUCUUCUCCAGGAUUUUUCUGAGAGUAUCAGUGGCAUGAUGUUACUGUUGUAUCUUGCCCACUUAAAGCUGCCUUCACAAAUAUGGAAUUUGUGUAUGGUAGGAGAAAGUCACAGUGGGAAGGAUGGAGGCAUGUAAUGGACUUGCCUAGGCCAGGAACACCUGAGAUUAUAAGUGAUAUUCAGUUCCUCUGUCACAAAUGAGGAAAACUAAAUUUAGUGGCAAAUUGUGUUCCUGUUCAUCCAUCAGUGCCUUCUAUCUGAUCUGCUACUGUGUGCUGUGAAAUUAUAUUGAUCUAAGUGUUGAUCACAUAUUUUAUUGCAAAGAAUUUUCACUGUGUUCAUUGCCAGCCUGUAGAAUGUGUCAUUUGUGCUGCUGCUGAUUAUUGCAGUGAGCUCGGAUUUUUAGGGCCCUGUAUCAACUUUGGUUGCCUCAUGUUGUAACUACUGGCAUGUUUUCCAAAGGUGCAUAUUGAUAAUGAUGUUCAGCUGUUUAUAAAGAAUUUCUAGGUAGCUGCCAACAAGUAAUAAGCAUCAUGGUAGUGCAUCUUGCCUGCAGAUCUUCCUUCAGGUCCUUUAAAAAUAAAGCAAUGGAAGUCUUUUAAGCUUUUUUUUUUUUUCCCCACCAUUUAAGCUGCUAAAUGGUGAAAUAAAUGUCUUUCAGGGUGAGCAGAGAUGAUUAGAAAGGGCUUUAUAAAAAGUUAGCUGUUCUCUAAAGUACUGACUUGAUUUUAUGUUAUGUGGUGAAAUAGGAGUUUGUUUCUCUUCCUUUGCUUUCAGUACAGGAAGAGCUGAUGAGGAAAUUUAGAGUAUUAAAUUUCAGUAGUUAUUAUAGUCUCCUUCCGUGUAGUUGGAGGGUUGUGUUCCUUAGUGGUCUGCAAAAGGGGAAUCUCAACAGACUUGAAAGUUGGGUCUGGGUAAACCUAAGGAGGUUCAACAUAGUGAAGUGCAAGGUUUUGCACUUGGGCCAGGGGAAUUGCAGGCAUCCAUACAGACUG